AUGGACCCCAAACAAUCAGCAGCCUCGGACGAGGAGGAGGACGACUACAUGAACAUGACAUUUGAAGAGGCCCCGACCAUCAAGAAGACCCAGCCGGAAACCUCCCUCCAGCGGCGCCAGCGCCUUAAGCGCGAGGGUGAGAUCCGCGGGCGCGUCAAAUCCAAGGAGGAGCUCGCGGCCGAGGAGGCGGCGGCACGCGAGAAGGCCCUCUCGCGGUCCCUCCUGGAGGACGCGGCCGCCAAGAAGAGCAAGGGCCUCGCGAUGAUGGCCAAGAUGGGCUUCAAGGGCGGUGCGCUCGGCGCUGCGGGCGACGGCGCGCGCACGGAGCCGAUCGCCGUGGAGAUCAAGGAGGACAGGGGCGGCAUCGGGAUGGAGAGUGAGAGGAAGCGCAAGAUGAGGGAGGCGGCGGAGAGGAUCGAGGAGGAGGUCCGGGAGGGGAAGAGGGUCAAGGUCGAUCCGCUAGAGUACCGCGACCGGGUGAGGCAGGAGAGGGAGGCGGCGAGGGUGCAGGCGCAGGUUUUUGCGGCCCAGAGGGUCGCGGAGAGGAUGGCGGAUGAGAAGGAUGCCGAGAGGCGGGGAGGGGUGGAUGCCCAAAAGGAGGGGGGAAAGAAGUCAGCUUCUGAUACGGCGGCGAGACCGCUCAAGUCCAUCAACGUCCUCUGGCGUGGCCUGGCGCGGCACCGCGAGGAAAAGGAGAGGGAUCGGCGGAUGCGGUAUGAUCUGGAGCAGAGCCUCUCGCGGCUGCCGACGUACGAGGAUGACCAGGAGGACGAGGACGACCGUACGGCGCUGGGAAAGAAGCAAACGAUCUACGUCACGGCGGAGGACCUGGACGAGGAGGACCCCGAGCUGGAUGAGUUUAACGAAAUGGAGGACGCCGAGAAGCUGAGACGACUGGUGGAGUACCUGAGAAAAGAGCACCGGUAUUGCUUCUGGUGCAAGUUUACUUACCCAGAUGACGAGAUGGAGGGAUGUCCUGGUGUCACGGAAGAGGAUCACGAUUAG